UUGCAGUGGCACCCUUCAAAUUUCAAAACUUCCAUUAUGUAAUCAAUAAAAUAAAACCUACCACCGUUUCAGUAACUUCCUUAACAUAAUUUCAAGAACGGCACAAUCUUCUUUUCUCUCAAUUUUGCAAAACCAAAACACACUAGCAGCACCAUGAGCCGACAUCCUGCUGUCAAGUGGGCCCAGAGGUCUGAUAAGCUGUUUAUCACGGUUGAGUUACCUGAUGCCAAGAAUGUAAAGCAAAAACUAGAACCAGAAGGAAAAUUCUCUUUUUCGGCGACUGCUGGAGCGGAUAAUGUACCAUAUGAAGUGGAUCUUGAUCUCUUUGAUAAAAUUGAUGUUGAUGAGAGCAAAUCUAGUGUUACUUCUAGAAAUAUCUGCUAUCUUGUAAAGAAAGCAGAAGACAAGUGGUGGAGCAGACUGGUUAAGCAGGAAGGUAAACCUCCAAAGUUUUUGAAAGUUGACUGGGACAAAUGGGUUGAUGAAGAUGAACAGGACAGUGCACCAGCUGGACCAGACAUGGAUUUUGGUGACAUCGACUUUUCGCAACUAAACAUGGGUGGUGGUCCUGGGGAUCUUGAUGCCGAUGAGCUGGAAGGAGAAGAUGAUAGCGACACCGAAGAAGAAAUCGAGGAAGGAAAUCAUGAGCAUAGUGAAGCUCAAGCGGUGACUCCAGCAAGCACUGAACCUGAGACAAAAGCUUGAAAGAUCCCAUUUUUUUUAGUGCUUUUGUGAACUUCUGAUGUCUUAAUGCUAUACACUGUUAAUUAGAUGCACAUGGAGGAAUUAUUAAUUGUUAGUAUACGAUAUGUAGUUUGAACUAAUGUGUCUGCUUAUU